GGCGACCUCGUCCGGCCGUGGGCGGAGAGGGAAGCUUUGAACCACGGGCCGAGUUUCUCUCGCCGCCCGCCUUCCUCCUCUGCCGGGCGGGCCUGAGGACCUUGCAGAGGGAGGAGGCAGUGUCCGCCGAUGGCGGCCGACGUGGAGUCAUCGCUGGAGCUGAGUCUGUCGAGCAGCCACGCGGGCCCCGGGUCCUUGCCGCCCGCGCGCUCCCGCAUCUUCAAGAUCAUCGUGAUCGGGGACUCCAACGUGGGGAAAACGUGCCUCACGUACCGCUUCUGCGCGGGGCGCUUUCCCGAGCGCACGGAAGCGACCAUCGGGGUAGACUUCCGCGAGCGAGCCGUCGACAUCGACGAGGAGAGAAUCAAGAUCCAGCUCUGGGAUACAGCAGGACAGGAACGAUUUAGGAAGAGCAUGGUGCAGCAUUAUUACAGGAACGUACAUGCAGUUGUGUUUGUAUAUGAUAUGACAAAUAUUGCCAGCUUUCAGAGUUUGCCACUGUGGAUUGAAGAGUGCAAACAACACUUGCUCACCAGUGAUAUACCCCGGAUUUUGGUUGGAAACAAAUGCGAUCUGAGGAAUGCAAUUCAGGUGCCUACAGACAUGGCUCAGAAAUUUGCUGACACUCAUGGUAUGCCGCUGUUUGAAACUUCUGCUAAAACCCCAAAUGACAGUGAUCAUGUGGAAGCCAUAUUUAUGACACUGGCUCAUAAGCUAAAGAGCCACAAGCCACUCAUGCUUUGUCAGUUACCAGAUAAUACAGUUCACUUGGAACCAGCAUCAAAACCUACUAUGACAUGUUGGUGUUAACUUGCAGUAUUUUUGUAUUUAAAGUUGUGUUAUUCUCUUUGCCAGUGCUUUAAGAAUGUGCAGUGUUUGAUUUAAUAGGAAUUACCUUCUGGGCACUUUAUUCAAUAUUUUCCCAUUUAGAGAUUUUGUAUGUGCACUUAGUAAACUGUGGCAUCUAAAUGAAAAGGUUUAGCUGAAAAAUAGAUUAUUUUUAAGGAAAUUUUUAAUCUGUAAAAAUAUAUUGUGUUACAGAAGAUUGGUCUCUUAGUUUUGAGAGGUUUCUUCAUUACAGUAUAGAUAUUAAAAAGUGUGUUAAGUCAAAUCUCUGCCUUUACUGUUCAAUUUGAGAUUACUAUCUUUCUAUAGAAGCCCAAAACUCAAUAUAAAAUUAUAAUCCUAGUUAUUUGGAUUUAUGAAAGUGCACUUCAUGAUUUUAUCAGUGCAAUGGAAGAAAGGUUCAAUAUGAAUGGAGGGUUAGAAACCUCUUCCCUUCAUCACUUUCCAUUUAAAUUUUUAAGUUCAUUAAUUUUAGAAAUAAAUUAUGUACACAGUUACAUUUUUUCAUUUUGAUCUGUUGUAUUGCUUUUAUUGAAUGUUUUUAAGGUUUUCAGUUCUGUAUACAGUCAGGACCAGAAAUAUUGGAACAAGGAUAACUGUUUUGGCAUUUGGCCUCUGUACACCACCACAUUGAAGUUGAAAGGAAACAUACCCAGAUGGGAGCAGAGUCAGGACUUUCAGCUGUCAUUCAAGGGGUUUGACAAAAGUGGGGCACUAACCAUUCAGGAAGUACAGCCAAUGGCAUACACACACACCCAUCGUUGGUGGCUCAUAAGUAAUGGAACAAACCAACACCAUUACAAACAAGAAUUGCCUUUAAUACCUGGAUGAAAAUCCUUUGCAGGCAAUGACUGCCUGAAGUCUGGAACCCAUGGACAUGACCAAAUGCUGAGUUUCCUCCCUUGAAAUGCCUUGCCAGGCUUUUACUGCAGCUGCCUUCAGAUGCUGCUUGUUUGUGGGUCUUUCUGCCUUCAGUCUUGUCUUCAGUAAGUGAAAAGCAUGCUCUAUUGGGUUGAGAGCAGGGGACUGACUUGGCCAUUGAAGAACAUGCCACUUCUUUGCCUUGAGAAACUCUUGGGUAGCUUUUGCUGUAUGUUUUGGGUCAUUAUCCAUCUGCAAGAUGAAGCAGCGUCCUAUCAGUUUGGCAGCAUUCGACUGAAUCUGAGCAGAAAGUAUAGCCCUAUACACUUCAGAGUUCAUCCUGCUGCUUUUACCAGCAGUCAGGUCAUCAAUAAACACCAGUGACCCAGUUCCAUUGGCAGCCCAUGCCAGAACACUGCCUCCACCAUGUUUGACAGAUGAUGUGGUAUGCUUUGGAUCAUGAGCUGUUCCUUUCCUUCCCCAUACUUUUCUCUUCCCAUCAUUCUGGUGCAAGUUAAUCUUGGUUUCAUCAGUCCAAAGAAUCUUAUUCCAGAACUGGGCAGGCUUUUUUAGGUGUUUGCUGGCCAAGUCUAAUCUGGCCUUUCUGUUCUUGAGCGUUACAGUGGUUUGCACCUUGUUGUGAAGCCUCUGUAUUUACAUUCAUAAAGCUGUCUCUUGACUGUAGAUGUUGACAAUGACAUGCCUACCUCCUCAAGAGCAUUCUCGACCUGGCUAGAUGUUGUGAAAGGGUUCCUCUUCACCAUGAACAAAAUUCUGCGGUCAUCCCCUUUAGUUGUCUUCCAUGGUCUUCCAGGCCUUUUGCUGUUGCUGAGCUUGCCAGUUAGUUCCUUCUUUUUCAGGAUGUUCCAAACUCUUGUAUUCCCAAUGUUUUUGCUUUCUCUCUGAUGGGUUUAUUUUGUUUUCUCAGCCUAAUGAUGGCCUCCUUCACUCUCAUGGACACCUCUUUGGACCUCAUGUUGAGAGUUCCAGUGAACAGCUACCAAAUGCAAAAGUAACACUCAGAACCACCUCCAGGCCUUUUAUCUGCUUGAUUGGUCAUGGGGUACCCAGGAAACAGGCCACACCUGGCCACACACUGCUUGUCAGCCAUUUGUUCCAUUUUUAUGCGCCACCAACGAUGGGGGGGGGGUGAAUGCCACUGGCUGUGCUUCCUGAAUGGUUAGUGCCCCACUUUUGUCAAACCUCUUGAAUGACACUGAAAGUCCUGACUUCGCUCCCAUCUGGGUGUGUUUCCUUUCAACUUCAAUGUUGUGGUGUACAGAGGCCAAGUGCCAAAACAGUUAUCCUUGUUCCAAUAUUUCUGGUUCUGACUGUAUGUCUGAACAAGAGACAGAAGUGAUGUUUAUUCCCAUAUUGUUCCAUACAAUUGUUAUAUUUUACAUGAUAAGAGGAAAAGAAUGUGAAUCUACUGCGUAUUAUUGGAAAUAAUACUUAAAAUUGUAGUUUAUUGGCUUGUAUUCUACAUUUGUAAGAUGGUUACGUUGCUCUGGAGGUGCAGUCACUAGUAGUGAUUCCAUCAGGUGCGACAAAGGGUUUAAUUCAAUCAUUCUACUUUGCUUUGCUGGACCUUUUGCCUUUUCUAUACAUUUUGUGGGGCAAAACUGGGAGCUAGAAGAAUGAAGAGAAAGGUGCGUAAUCUUCACAAUCCGCAUAUUGAAAAAGCCUUAAGUCACUAUCAUUUGUCUAUUUAUUACACUGUUUUUUGAAAAGAUUUUUGCAGUAUUACUAGUGGUAGUCAUACUGUGUACAGCUUCCUAAUAAGCCAAAACAUGAGACUUGCUUUGGAGAUGGAAAAUGGAAGUCAAGAUAGACUUCCAAAUUGAAGGAUUUUAUACUGCAGAAUCCAUGGCACAUUAAUGAAUCACAGAUAAACAAAUGCUAGCCAAUAUUGCUUAGUGGUUUCCUUCAAUUUGUUUUAAAAUAGUUGAAAUAGGAACAUUGUACAAAGAUACCGCUGCUUAUAUCCUUUAGCAGUUAAAAUAUGGAGGGGACAGCAUAUAUAGUUGGAUACUAUAAAAUGGCAGGGAAAAAAGAAAGCUAUUCUGUGUAUGUAAAAUUAGUGUUUAAUAAUAGCUGAAAGGGCUCUUUAAACCUUUACAUUCUUAAUUUUAAGUGGCUAGGAUCCAGCAUAUGACAGAUGAUUGGCUUGAUGGUUUUGCAGAUAAGCACUCUUCAUAGCAAAGAUUGAAGAGAGGAGCAGGCCAUCUUAUGAUCAUUGCGUAAGUUGCACAACUUUAAGGUCUUUGCUUUUGGCAGGCAGAGAUCAUGGUGCCUACCUUCAGUUCAUUGCUCAAGUGGAGCUCUAGAUUUUUAUAUAGGCCAUCACUAUAUACACACACCUUUCUGUUAAAAGUAGCCAUUUGUAUGAUUUUUAACUGGUUAGCUAGACUUACUUCUGUAUAUAUUUGUGCAGCCAUAAAACUGUUCUGGGAAAAAGGCAUAUACUCUCUUUUGGAUGAAAUCCAGCAAUGCCCAGGCAGUUGCUUCUGCAGCUGCUCCUAUACUUUCAAUAGCCUUGUCAUAUCUUCUGCAGGACAUGUUGGGCAAAGGUGAAAGGUCCAAUCCAUCCGAACGCCUUCAGUAGACACUGCUGCUCUCUGCAGAAACAUACCAUUGGAUCUUACUGUUUGUUUUUUUAUGAUGCCCCACUAAUACACUGUAUUUAACUCUUGGGAAAACCAUUGUAUUUCAUUUUGCAUCUGUAUUUUUUUUUUUAAUUCAAGAGGAAAGCCAAAGCAGCUAACAAUAAUUGGAGUAGUGCUUAUUGUCUGAACUUUUUACAAGUACAGCAUUAGAAAUUAGGCUCAAGGGGUAGGAGUAUCUUUUUAACCAAAAUGUUGGUGAUUAGUUAGGAUUUUAUUUUUAUUAAUAUUUUUUAACAUUUUUAUUAAUUAGUUCAUGCGUAAGUGAAUUGCAUAGAGGUUCAUUCCUGUUUCUUCAAUAUGUUUAAAUGGGUAUCAUUCUUCAACUUCAUAGAACUGAUGUUCCACUUGUCCUGUGUGUUCAGUUUUGGGUUAGAUUUAUGUUUUGGGAAAAUAAGCCAUGGGAUUAUGGGAUUUUAAUGAAAGGAAAUAAUAUCAGUGUUACUCAUUAAUGCUUAAAAGAGCAAUGGCCUAAUUAUCGCUUGCUUGUACUGUGUGUUGUUCCUGAAAAAUGAAAAUUGUCUUUAAAAGUGUUUACCUUCUAUAGUCAUAUUAAGAUAACUGCAGAAGUUAAAUGUAAUUAUUAUACUAUUAGGUAAUUGUCAAAUUAUAUGUAUUCUAUUGCAAGUUAAUAUACUAAUGUAUAAAAAUGUAGCAUUUCGGAUUAGGAAAUAUAUUGAUUGCACCUUAAAUAGAAUAAAGUACAAAAAAUACAAUUCAUUUGCAUGGCCAAAUGUGUAAAUGGAUUGUGUUCACGAUUUUUAGAUUUUU